AUGACGAAAUUCGAUAUCGAAAUCGUCAGUGACACAGUGUGUCCUUGGUGCUAUGUAGGCAAGCAGAAGCUCGAGCAGGCAAUCCGCACAUACAAGGAAUUGCACCCUGACUCGAACGACGAAUUCUCAACAACAUGGAUGCCUUUUUAUCUCAAUCCUGGCUCUCCCAAAGUUGGUGUUGAUAAGUUGGCUCACUACCAAGCCAAAUUCGGCAAGGAACGCACAGCAAUGAUGUUCGAGCGCCUGGCGCAAGUGGGCAAGGACUGCGGCAUCAACUUCAAGUUCGGAGGCAAGACGGGGAACACGCGGGACAGCCACCGGUUAAUUCAGCUGGGCAAGACGAAGUCGCCGGCGAUGCAGACGCGGGUGGUGGAGGAGUUCUUCAAGAAGUACUUCGAGCAGGAGGCCGACAUCACGAGCCAUGAGGUGCUGAAGGACGCGGCCGUACGCGCGGGCUUGGACGCAAAGGAGGUCGACGAGUGGUUGAACAGCGACAAUGGCGGCAAGGAGGUGGAUGCCGAGGUGUUGCAGGCGCAGCGGAACCAGAUCAGCGGGGUCCCGAAUUUCACCAUCCAGGGCAAAUAUGAGAUUGGUGGUGCGCAGGACCCGAGCGUGUUCCUGCGGGUGUUCGAGAGGAUCAAGGCUACGGAGGAAGCGAAAGCAUGA